AUGGUCAAAUUCAGCCGUGUCUUGUGUGGCAUUCUCGCAUGCGGGCUUGUUGAUCCAUGUCUUGCUGGAGACCAUGCGACAACAUCUGUGAUCACCACCCCAAUCUUCCACGAAUGGGACAACGGAUCAUCCAACAUGACUGUAACUCUGGGUGUCAUCAACGCCGACUACGCAUGGGAAUAUGCCAAUACCACGUCCGAACUCAGCAAGCGCACGGGAAUUUCCACGGUCGUGACAGUGGUCAAGUACGGAGCAGCAACCAUCGCCACGGUAAAGCAAGCGAUUGAAAUCUGGGAGUUCAUUGCUGGUAUCAUCAAGUCAAAGUCGGAGGCGGACUCGUGCACAUUGACUUAUGGGACGGAUAUCAGUGGUGAAUACUACUAUGGCUAUGCGUACAAGGCCACGACUACUGGAGAGAAUUGUGACACUACAGCGGAACGCAAGACAAUCCUAAGCGCCGUUGAAAAAUGUGCUACUACACUUCAUUCCAAAGGUGCUGCUGUUGGCUGUUGCACUUUCCACCAUGGGGGUACUUGGCAUGGCCAUCUGCAGCUGAGUGCUGAGCCAGGAACCUAUCCUGUGCACAAAGUUACUUGUUAG